AUGAUAAUAGCUGUUUAUUGCUACUAUAUCGAAGGUCCUAGUGAACUUCAUGUCAAAUUAGAAGCAGAGGGAUUUUUACUUUGCAGAUCGAACAGGUGGUUAUCCACUGUUCAGUGCUCUGCGACAUGUUCUGAGGAUGGGUUGCUUCACACUGCUUGCGGGACUCCAAAUUAUGUUGCUCCGGAGGUGCUCAAAGAUAAAGGUUAUGAUGGUACAUCAUCUGAUAUUUGGUCUUGCGGAGUUAUUCUCUUUGUUCUCAUGGCUGGUUAUUUGCCUUUUGAUGAGCCAAGCUUUAUAGGCUUGUAUAAGAAACGUAUAACUAUUCUUGAAAUUCUACAAGAUGAAUGGUUUAAGAAAAGGUACAAGCCACCAAAAUUUGAGCAAGAUGAGGAUGUAAAUCUUGAUGAUAAUAUCUUAUAUUUUACAUGGUUAUGA